AUGGAAAAUCGUAACACCAAUAAUGUGCCCUCAAAUGAAGGGAGACCUGAGUCAGAUCGUAAUAAUGAAUUAAAUGAAACCUACGAUUCUACCGAACGUGGAGUUUUACCCUUAUCUGGGUACAUGCAAAAUGGAUUGGGUUUAAUGGGAGAAGAUCCUUCACAACUUCAAACAGAAGAUAUACCUCCUCCAAAAUUAGAUUUUUCAGCACCUCCCCCUUAUGAAGUUUCAUCAAAACUACCCACUUAUGAGGAAGUACAAAGAGAAAAAACUAGGCUUGGAGAACCUCAAAUAAAUAAUGUGUCAUCGCAAUCAAAUCCUCAAUCCCUUGCAUUUUUAGCUAUAGAUACGGAAGGACGAGAAGGUGAAAAUGAAUCAGGCUUGCUUGGAACUGAUUUUAUGUUUUUCACUGCAUUCUUAGGUAACUUAUUUGAAUCUAUUAAUUAA